UUUCCGGGGUACCAAAAGUUUGGUUAGCCUAAUGUCAAUGGCCUCCUAGAGCAGAUGUAGAUCGAGACUAAGAUAUCACGAUUUAGAUCUAACUAAAGAGAAAUAUAGAAAUCUAUAUUUGAUCCCGUAGUGUGCAAGAAUAAAACAGAACGAGAUGAGCCAACCUUGGCUGCAAGAAAAUUUUAAGCGCUCUUCAAGAUCCAGAUCUGUGGAAAAAAGAGUGAGAGUUGACGAAUUCGGUAGAAGCAUUCCAUCAAGAUCUAGAAGCCGCAGUAGUAGUAGAAGCAGGGGAAAAGGUAGGAUGGAUGAAGAUUCUCGCCACAGCCGUGACUCAAGUCGAAGCAGAUCUUAUAAAAGUAGAGAUAGAAGUAGAGAAAGGGGUAGAAAAGAUUUUCGUGAUUCCAAAAGACGCAGAAAAAGAAAUGGCAGCAGCAGUAGCAGCAGUGGUAGUAACAGCUCAGUUGGUGAACGUUUAGUGGCUAGCAAUAAGCCAAAGUAUUUGAAUGCUAGGUUGUUUGUUGCAAACAUCGUAUCUAAAGAUAUUUCAAAAGAGGAGCUCACUAAACACUUUGAAAAAUAUGGAAAUGUGGUUGAUGUUUUGGUCCAUAAAAAAAACUAUGCAUUUAUACAAUACUUAAAAGAAGAUCAUGCCAGAUUGGCUGUUGAGGGUGAGCAUGGCAGUACUUUGAAUGGUUGGAGACUUGAUGUAAAAAUGGCCAAUGAAGGGCGUAAAGAAGCUGGCGGACAUCGAGGUGGCUUUGAUCGUGGAGGUGGCUUUGAUCGUGGAGGCGGCUUUGAUCGAGGAGGUGGCUUUGAUCGAGGAGGUGGCUUUGAUCGUGGAGGAAGAGGAGGUGGGCGUUUCCGUGGUAAAGAGAGAUCCCCCUUACGUGAUGGCCCAUAUGGAGAUCCUUAUCGAGGAGGACAUGGGCGAUUACCUGGUCCAUAUCCCCCACCUGUAGGAGAAUUUGGAUUACGUGAUCCAUUUUAUCCUGAUCCAUAUAGACGUGGUUAUCCAGAUCCUUGGUUACCUCCUGAUGAUCCUUACAGACGAGACCCAUAUCUAGAUCCUUACAGAGACCCAUUUGCCUUAAGGCCGCCACCUCCACCUGUGAUUGAAUGUGAAGUUUUUAUCGUCAAUGCUCAGCUACGAGCUUAUGGUGAAGCAGUGGAACGUCGCGUCAAAGAGCAAAACAUUAUUACAGCCUUGUCUGUAAUUCCUGAGGGUCGAACAGCUCCACAAAUGGUUGAAGAGCUGACUGCCAGGGAUGGUCUUUUUGCUGUUUUCAUUAACCCUCAAAAUGAAAUUCACAGAUCACUGACACUCAACAUCUUAUAUGGUGUUCCACAGGAGCACAGGAACAUGCCACUAGACGAUGCUAUCAUGCUAAUUGGUCGCAGUUUUGAAAAAUAUGUUGAAGGUUUGCGGGAAAAAGCCAAAGCUGCUGCAACUCCUUUGGUCGCAACUGCAGCACCUAUAUCUACUCGAGUCUUUUUGCCAGCUUCAGCUGAAGUUGCUUAUCUGCUUAAUCUUUUAGCAGACAAUCGAGCUUUAACAGUUGAUGAAUUAAAUACUGUUAUCAAAUAUCUUCAAGAACGUCGUGACAAAUUGAUUGAUGCUGAAAGUCGUCCUAUCGUUACAGAUGAUGGUUUAAUCAAGCCUGUUCCAGUACAGCAGCAUACAGAGGUCCCUGAAGUCCCUAAACCUGCCCCUUCAACUGAAAGUGCUCAACAGGCUCUUAAGAACAAAAUUCUUAGUAUUUUUAGUAGUGCUGGUGGUAGUAUUCAAGGAGUUCCGCCAGCUAAUGGUGCAACACAGCUUCCCUCUGGGACACCAGCUCCAGCUCCACCACCACCCCCUCCUGCUGCACCAUCCAGUGCCAGCCUGAUCAACUUUGAUAAUCCGAAUGUACAGAAGGCACUUGAUAACCUUAUUCAGAGUAGCCCUAACUUGUUAAAAAAUAUCACCACCAAAGUUUCAACAGCUCAGGUGGGUGCACAGAAUGUCCCACCCACAACAUCUCAAGUUGGACCUUCAGGUGGGUAUAGUCAACCUGGUGGGAUGAUGCCUAGCAUGGUGCAAGGUAAUCAAAAUCAAGGCCAAAUCAGACCUCAGUCUGGGUAUGGAGACUUUCAAGGUAACAUGGGAAUGCAGGGUCCUCCACCAGCUGGAUUUCAUAUUCAAGGAUAUCAAGGAAUGGGACGAGGGGGUGGGCCUCCGCCUCCCAGAUAUUAACAUAAAGUAUCCACUAUUGUUUCCCAAAUAAAGACACUUUUUAGCAUUUUAAUGAAACUGAACAUUUUCUAGAAUGAAGUUGCUUUGAUAUUUGGUUUCAUAUGAAUUAGGGCUAUGGUACAACAUACGAAGUACAAGUAUUACUGUUGGCUAAAAUACCAAUGGCUCUCUUUUACUUAGACCUAGGAUGUUGUUGCAAUUUAUGUAUAUUUGCUUGUGUCAAUCUGGAUUGUGGCAAAAAUAAACAUUUUAAAAUGUGCUGUUGUACUCAGUUAUGCUAUUUGAAACUUUUGAUUGAUUUUGUUGAUCAAAUGAAAUUUUU